GUCAGUUGCUGUAUGACUUUAGUGCCGCGUGGUCAACGUUUUGCAAGCGGUGCUUUAAUUGUUGAGAAUAUUUAGAGCGUGUGCAUCGUUAAAUAUAAGUUAUAUUCAUGUAUGGUUAAGUAGCUUAAGCGUUACAAAAACUGUUUUAAAAUAGAAUUAAUUGUUGUGCUAAUUUCAAUAUCUGUGACGAGAGUUAAGAAAGUGCUAACUAACGUACACAACGGGCAACGCAACAGUGGACAGUAACGUACACUGUGCGAAAUCGGUUGGGAGUCGGCGCUGAUAAGUUAAAAGAAAAAAAAACACACACAUUCAUAAUGGUUAACGUUAUUGCAGACGACGGCGGCAAACAUGCGCCACAGGAAAUGGAACAAUUCCUGCCCGGCGGCGGUAUGAACAAAUACAAGAUCCAGCCACGGAAAUCAGAUGCCGAGCAGGCCUUGGCUAACAAUGAUUUUGAUCCGUUUGCGAUGCGCGACAAUGAGCAUCCCACUACUGAUAACGAAACUUUGACGCAUUUGCUGAAGGCCUCUUUGGGCACUGGCAUUCUGGGCAUGCCGUUUGCCUUUAUGUAUUCGGGUCUUGUGAUGGGCAUCAUUGCCACCAUUUUUACUGCCUUUGUCUGCACGCACUGCAGUUACGUGCUGGUCAAAUGCGGUCACAAAUUGUACUACAAGACACGUCGCACCAAGAUGACAUUUGCGGAAAUCGCUGAGGCUGCAUUCCAGAAGGGACCGAAGAGUUUGCGCGGUUUCGCGCCCGUGGCCAAGUUCUCCAUAUUGUUUGGCCUGUUCCUCACAUACUUUGGCACCUGCUCUGUGUAUACAGUUAUUGUGGCCAAGAACUUUGAGCAGGUGCUUGAGCAUUGGUUUGAUUGUGAAAUCGAGUCGCGUGUCAUCAUUUGCAUAAUGCUCGUGCCAUUGAUCCUUAUUGCUUGGGUGCCCAAUCUGAAAUACCUGGCGCCCGUUUCGAUGGUGGCCAAUGUUUUCAUGGGUCUCGGUUUGGGCAUUACGUUCUACUAUCUGGUCCAGGAUCUGCCGCCAAUUCAGGAACGUGCGCUCUUCACCUUGUCCACACUGCCCGCGUUCUUCUCCAUAACCAUCUUUGCCAUGGAGGCAAUUGGUGUUGUUAUGCCGCUGGAGAACAACAUGAAGACGCCAAAGAAUUUCCUUGGCAUUUGCGGUGUGCUCAGCCAGGGCAUGUCGGGUGUUACCUUGAUAUAUAUGCUUCUGGGUUUCCUUGGCUAUAUGCGCUAUGGCAAUGCAACUGGCGAGAGCAUCACCUUGAAUCUGCCCAUCGAGGAAUGGCCCGCCCAGGCAGUGAAAGUCUUAAUUGCUCUGGCCGUCUAUUGUACAUUUGGACUGCAGUUCUAUGUGUGCCUGGAGAUUGUUUGGGAUGGCAUCAAGGAAAAGUGCACCAAACGUCCCACAUUCGUCAAUUACGUGCUGCGCACUGUUCUGGUAACUGCCGCUGUAGUGCUGGCCAUCUCAGUGCCUACUAUAGCACCAUUUAUGGGUCUUAUUGGCGCCUUCUGCUUCUCUAUACUCGGUCUGAUUUUUCCGGUUAUUAUUGAGCUUGUCGUGCAUUGGGAUUCCGGUUUCGGUGCAGGCAAAUGGAUACUGUGGAAAAACAUAAUCAUCAUCUUGUGCGGCAUUGGCGCCCUUGUCUUUGGCUCUCAUUCUGCCAUCAAGGACAUCAUGAAGGUUUACAGCACAACCACAGAAGCCCAAUAAAUGGUUUCCUUUUGGCUUAUCCAAACAUAUAUAUGGGAACUUGGACAUAAUCUCCGGUGCAUAACACACAAAAACCGUAAUGCAAAAAGUGCUAUACCAAGGGAUAUAUAUUUAUUAUAUACACUAUUUGUACACAUUUGAGGAAUAUACUUUUUAGCAUAGUCUGUAGCGCUGCAGGAGCCAGCCGGGAGUAGCUCCUGUUUAUUUCCUAGAUAUCUAACUAUUGUUAGAUGUAAAACUGCGCCCACACUUUGUAUAUUUUUCGUUAAAGCGCAUUACUAAACUAGUACCCUUAGGUUAACUAUAUUCGAGUGCCUAUCCAAGUAGCACACAGCACCAAACUGUCCGUUUUUGCACGUUUUAGUACACAUGCAAAUGCAGUUAUAUAUAUAUAUAUAAAUAUUUGUUGAGUACAUUUUAGUACCGAAUCUAAACAGUUAACUAGCUUAAACUCUGCUACUUUAAACCAAUAUCGAAGUUGGAAAUGAUUCUGAAACACACACACACACACACACACCCUCAUACAUUUUAUUUUGAUGUUAGUACAUAUUAGUAUCAAGGUAAAAUAGACUUUUAGAGCACUUUCUUUUCUCCCCUCUCUGUUCUAAAAGAGUAUUACGAAAAAAACCAAAAUUGCAAUCAUUUAUUAUUUUUGUUUGUUGCAAGCACUUGCAACAUAUUUUUUUAGCAUGUUUAGUUUAUAAGCAACAUGAUUUGGUUCUAGGUUCCUAAAAGCUUUGCAAGCCAUUCAAAAAAGUUUUUAUUUUUGUAUAUACAUUUUGCAGGCUUUUCGGAGCCCAGCCCAAAAAAAAAAAAAAAAACAAAUUAAAUAGCCAAAUUGGCAAUGAGUUACUCAAA